ACAAAUUUACUAUAUCAUCAUCAAAUCCCACUUUUUGUACUGCCUUUACUUGUAAUAUCUAUCUCUCUUCUUCUUCUCGGCGAGUCUCGGUGAUGAUGGUGGUUCGGAUGUUUAAUGGUUUUCUUGGCAUGGGUAGUGUAAGGUUGAGCGUGAUUCUUUCAGAUUCUUACUGAAAAUUUAGGUAAAUUUUGCAGAUUUUUGAUGAACAAGGUCUGAAAUCCAUCUGGGUUAUAGCUGAAAUGAUUAAUUUCUGGAAGAUGGAGGAGGAGGAGGAAAAAUGAUAAAUGUUUAGAUCCAGAGUUUUGGAAUGCUUGUGCUGGAACUAUGGUUAAAAUGCCUAGUGUAAAUUCAAAAGUGUUCUAUUUUCCACAAGGACAUGCUGAACAUGCUUCUGGAAAAGUUGAUUUCAGAAGCUUACCUUCAAUUCCACCUUUGAUUCCUUGUAGAAUAUCAAGGAUUAGUAUAUGGCUGAUCCAGAUACUGCAUGAAGUUUAUUCGAAAAUCAAAUUGAUUCCUCUCAAUUUGAAUGUUUAUCAGUAUUUAUAUAAUGGUGAUAAUGAUGAUGAUUAUGAUGAACCGAGAAGAUGAUGAUGAUAAUGAUAAUGAUAAACCCAAUUCUUUGCUAACUUUGACCCAAUCUGAUGCAAAUAAUGGAGGUGGGUUUUCUGUUCCACGUUAUUGUGCUGAACAAUUUUCCACAAAGCUGAAUUUCUCAGUCAAUCCACCUGUUCAAACGAUUCUUGCGAAAGAUGUUCAUGGUGAGAUCUGGAAAUUCCGUCAUAUUUACAGAGGUACAAGACGACAUCUUUUGACGACUGGAUGGAGGAGCACUUUUGUUAACCAGAAGAAACUCAUGGCCGGAGAUUCAAUCGUGUUCUUGAGAACCGACGACGGGGAACUCUGCGUCGGUAUUCGUAGGAACAAGAGGGAAUUGGGCGACCCAGAAUCGUCUUCUGGUUGGAAUCCGGCUGGUGGGAAUUAUCCAACUCCUUAUGGAAUGUUUUCUACCUAUUUCAGAGAAGAUGGCAAUGGUUUUAGAGGAAAAGUGAAAUCUGAAUCAGUGAUUGAAGCUGCGAAUCUUGCUGCUAAUGGUGAGGCGUUUGAAGUUGUUUAUUAUCCACGAGCAAGUACGCCGGAGUUCUGCGUUAAAGCGUCGAGAGUUAAAGCUGCUCUUCGUAUUCAUUGGUGUUCUGGUUUGCCGAUUCAAAUGGCGUUUGAAACAGAGGAUUCUUCAAGAACAAGUUGGUUUAUGGGUACAAUUUCUUCUGUUCAUCCAGUUGAUCCAACUCGUUGGCCAAAUUCACCAUGGAGACAUCUUGAGGUUACAUGGGAUGAACUUGAUUUGCCAAAUGUAAGAAUGUAAGUUUCUUGGUUAAUAGAAUUAGUUUCAAACAUUCCCGUUAUACCUUUGCAAAUCCUAGGAAGAAGUAAGGGUUAAACAUUAACUCAUGAAAUCAAGAUCAUUAUCAUCCUCCUCCUCUUCUUCGUUCUCCCUCCCGUUUAAUUGUCUUCUUCCAGACAAUGCUCCUGCUGGCAUGCAGGGAGCCAGGCAAACUUCAUAUGGUUUAUCUUCCUUAACGGAUCAUAUCAUCUCCAUCAAAAAUUUCAAAAAAUAUCUACUUUCUAUCCUUAUCCUAAUCCUCCAUCUAACUUUCACAACCCUUUUCUUAAUGUUUCAAUUAACCCACCACCAAACCAAAUCAUGAAUCUCUAGCCGUAUCUAAUCCAAGCAACACCGAAAAAGUUUCAUGCUUGCUAACCAUGGGGAACCCUAAUCCUACUCAUACUCCUAAACCAGCUCAUAUAGUUCUCUUUGGUAAGCCAAUACUCACCGGACAUCAAUUGCCAAUCAAAACUACCAAAAAAGAUGGAUUGGAAACGGAUUUUUGUUGUAAGGUGUUUUUGGAAUCGAAAUCGGAAGAUUUGGGUCGGAAUCUAGAUCUAUCGUUGUUUGUGUCUUACGAUGAAUUAUACCGAGAGCUAGAGAUUAUGUUUGGUAUGAAAAGUUCGAAGAUAAUUGACCUGUUCUUUACAAUGACAUCGCGGGUUUCUGUCAAACGUAUUGGUGAUCAAUCUUUAGGUAAUUUAUGUAACAAUUUAUUUCCUAUACAUCAAACUUGAUAAUAAUUUAAUCAUGCUUUUGUUGUUGUUGUUAUUUUAGUGAAUUUGUGAAAACAGCAAAACGACUUACAAUUGAGACCCAAGAAGAAGCACCAUCAACAACAACCUAGAAAUGAGAGUGGCAAUCUUUAAUCUUAAGGCCAUAUUUAAUUUGUCAUGUCUCUUCUUUCUUGUUUACUAUUUAGAUAGUCUAAAUUGGCCUAAAAGGAAGUUUGGUGCCUAACUAAGUUUGAGUUUAUUAUUUUCAAUUUACUUUCUUGUUUGAACUGAUAUCCAACCUUAUGGGUUUAUUAAUAAUAUUUAUUUUGUUU